UCCUUCCGACCAACAUCAAACAUGAGAAGGACUAUGAGAAGAAGGUGACAGAUGAAGACAUGAUCCUCAAACUGGGGAAAGUGGCUUUCCAGCAGCUUGUGAAAGGAAACCUGAUCUUCUAUGAGGAGGACCUGAGAGAGUGUGGCAUUGAUGUGAGAGAAGCAUCAGUGUACUCAGGAUUGUGCACUCAGAUCUUCAGAGAGGUGUUGGGCUUGUAUCAGGGGAAAGUCUUCUGCUUUGUUCAUCUGAGCAUUCAGGAACAUCUCGCAGCUCUAUAUGUGCACCUCUCCUGGACAAACAACAACAGAAAUGUGUUUGAGUCAAUCACCAAACAGAGUUUGUGGUCUAAAGUGAAGGACUGGUUUAAACAGGUUUCAUUAUCUGAGCUGCAUCAGAGAGCUGUGGAUGAGGCUCUUCAGAGUAAAAAUGGACAUCUGGAUCUUUUCCUGCGGUUCCUUCUGGGUUUGUCAGUAAAGUCUCAUCAGAUUCUCCUACAACGAAUAAUGAAAGAGACAAGAAGCAGCUCUGACAGAAAUCAGAAAACAGUUGAGUACAUCAAGAAGAAGAUCAGGACCAUUGACUCUCCAGAGAAAUCCAUCAGUCUGUUCCACUGUCUGAAUGAACUUGGUGAUCGUUCACUAGUGAAGGAAAUACAACAGUAUCUGACAUCUGGAAGAAUAAAGGAAGCCAAACUCUCUUCAUCUCAGUGGUCAGCUGUAGUUUUUGUGUUGUUGACAUCAGAAGAGGAACUGAAUGAGUUUCGUCUUGAUAAAUUUGUUAAAGGAAAGAAUAAUCCUGAAAAUAUGGAAGUUCUUCAGAAGCUGCUGCCUGUGAUUAAAGAAUCCAGAUCAGUUCAGUUGAGUGAUUGUGGUCUUCACAGAUGA